CGGGGAGGCGAGGGCGGCGGCGCGGCUGAGCCUUUCCAAGUUCGCGCCGGGAGACCCAGGCGGGUGUCGCCCCAGCUCCGCCAGCUCGGACCCCUUUGUGCCGCGCGUCCCCGCUGCUUGGGCAGCGGCGGCGCCCUGCUGACGGGGUUUGGGGAGGGGUCUCUAUAGUAACGGCGGCCGCGGCUGCGGAGCCGCCGCUCUGCUCCGGGGAAGCGGAGCAGCCCCUGCCUGGGUUUGCAAACGGUUGUGCUUUUCGUUUGUGCGUUUCGUGUGCUUAUUCUCGCUGCCACCUCACAUUGUACGGGAAGCAGGGAUGGGCAGUGCCCCGGCUCCCCAGAGCUGAGAUAACGGGGGCGAAGAAAUAGAGCGCCAGUGCCAAGCAGCCCUCCUAGUAAUGACCGCGAGACAGGCACGCCUGCGGUUGCUGGCGCCCAGGGGAGCCCCUGGCUCCUGCACCGCGGCUCCCGGCUGCCCAGCCCCGGCCCCCGCUGCCUGGCCCGGCGCUGUCCUGCGUCCCGGGCUCUCCGCGGCGGGGUGAGCCGGGAAUGUGCCUCUCCCGGCCUUGCCUCGCGGCGAUGACUUUCAUCUGCAGGUGGGCUUCAUAAGUAUUUGACCUUACUCAAAAUGUGCAAAGAAGAAUAAUGGAAGCCCCCGAAUACCUUGACUUGGAUGAAAUUGACUUCAGUGAUGACAUAUCUUACUCAGUCACGUCUCUCAAGACCAUCCCAGAACUAUGCCGAAGAUGUGAUCCGCAAAGCGAAGACAGAGCAGCUUCUAGCUCUAGCUGGAACUGCAGCGUCUCAACUCUUCUUACGAACACACAAAAGCCCACUGGAAUCGCUGAUGUGUACAGUAAGUUCCGCCCCGUGAAGCGAGUUUCUCCACUGAAACAUCAGCCAGAAACUCUAGAAAACAAUGAAAGUGAUGAUCAAAAAAACCAGAAAGCAGAGUUCCAGAAGGGGGGUGAUCCUGACCCAGGCCCCCAGCCUGGGGAGCUCAGCACAGGAGACGGAGAGGGCGGCCCCCAAAGUAAGAGCAGUGAGCCCAGUGCCUUGCUGGGCGAACUGGAGCAUUAUGACCUCGACAUGGAUGAAAUUCUGGAUGUGCCUUACAUUAAAACCAGUCAGCAGCUUGCCUCUUUUAAGGUAACGUCAGAAAAAAGAAUUUUGGGAUUAUGCACAAGCAUCAACGGCCUUUCUGGCAAAGCCUGCUCUGCAGGAAGCGCUGAGACCUCGCCAGCCAGCAGGACGCCGUUCUGUGUCCUUUCUCCCGUGAAGAGCCCUCGCUUAAGAAAAGCAUCAUCCGGGGCACGCGACCAGCCAAAGCUCUCCACUGAAGAAGCCGAGGGCUCACCCCUGGGAAAAUGUGGCUCUGCGUGUGAGCCUGGAAACCAGACUAAGGACUUCCUAAGCAAGACCUUUAGUGAGCCUCACGGUCGAAAAGUUGAGAAGGCAGUGCCAGACUGCCAGCUCAGGGCCUUCCGUCUGCAGUCCUCAACCGCGGAGCCCAAGCUAGAGGAGCAGAUUGGGGGCACGAGCUGGACCAGCCCCUCAGGCCCAGAGGAAAGGAGUGAGUAUCUGAAAAAAGUUAAAAGCAUCUUGAACAUCGUUAAGGAAGGCCAGAUCUCUCUCCUGCCACACCUAGCUGCCGACAAUCUAGACAAAAUUCACGACGAAAGUGGAAACAAUCUCUUGCACAUAGCGGCAUCGCAGGGACAUGCAGAAUGCCUCCAGCACCUCACUUCCUUGAUGGGAGAGGAUUGCCUCAGUGAGCGAAACACCGAGAAGCUGACACCGGCAGGCCUGGCCAUCAAGAAUGGUCAGUUGGAGUGUGUACGCUGGAUGGUGAGUGAAACAGAAGCCAUUGCAGAACUGAGUUGUUCCAGGGAUUUUCCAAGCCUUAUUCAUUAUGCAGGUUGCUAUGGCCAGGAAAAGAUUCUCCUAUGGCUUCUUCAGUUUAUGCAAGAACAGGCCAUCUCACUGGAUGAAGUGGACCAGGAUGGCAACAGCGCCGUUCACGUAGCCUCCCGGCACGGCAACCUUGGGUGCAUCCAGACCUUGGUCGAAUAUGGAGCAAAUGUCACCAUGCAGAACCACGCAGGGGAAAAGCCCUCCCAGAGCGCAGAGCAUCACGGCCACUCGCUGUGCUCCCGGUACCUGGUGGUGGUGGAGACCUGCAUGUCGCUGGCCUCCCAGGUGGUGAAGCUCACCAAACAGCUAAAGGAACAGACGAUGGAACGUGUCACACUGCAGAACCAGCUCCAGCAACUUCUAGAGGCCCAGAAAUCAGAGGGCAAGUCAUUCCUUUCUUCACCCAGCUCACCAUCCUCCCCUGCUUCCAGAAAGUCCCAGUGGAAAUCCCCAGAUGCCGAUGAAGAGUCUAUAACCAAAAGCAAACCAGUAGUCCAAGAGGGGAUUCAGGUUCUCGGAAGCCUGUCAGCAACCAGCCGAGCCAGGGCCAAAGCAAAAGACGAAGAUUCUAAUAAAAUCCUACGCCAGUUACUGGGAAAAGAUAUCUCAGAGAAUGUGUGCACCCAGGAAAAGCUGUCCUUGGAAUUUCAGGAUGCUCAGGCUUCCUCUAGAAAUUCCAAAAAGAUGCCUGUGGAGAAGCGGGAGCUGAAGUUAGCCAGGCUGAGGCAGCUGAUGCAGCGGUCCCUGAGUGAGUCCGACACGGACCGCACCACCUCCGAGGACCCCAAGAGCACGCCAGCAAGAAAGGCUGACAGGCCCAGGCCUCAGCCCAUCGUGGAAGGUGCGGAGAGCAUGGACAGCGCAGAAAGCCUGCACGUGAUGAUCAAGAAACACACCUUGGCAUCAGGACGCAGGUUUCCUUUUACUGUCAAGGCCUCCAAACCUCUAGAUGGCCAUAGCCCAUCUCCCACUUCAGAGAGCAGCGACCCAGACUUGGAAUCACAGAGUCCAGGCUCAGGGACGACUCCCCCAAACCAGCCCUCUGGAGACCCCGCUCAGCCCAGCCCCGACAGCACAGCUGCCCAGAAACUGGCCAUGAGUCCCAAAAGCGCUCUCAAGUCUCCGUCUUCUAAGCGCCGGACGUCUCAGAACUCGAAGCUCAGAGUCACCUUCGAGGAGCCUGUGGUGCAGGUAGAGCAAAAUAGCCUUGAACUAAAUGGAGAAAAAGACAGAGAUAAGGGCAGGGCCCUGCAGCGGACCUCCACGAGUAGUGACGCAGGGGAUCAACUGAAAAGGCCUUUCGGAACCUUCCGGUCUAUCAUGGAGACGCUAAGCGGAAACCAGAACAAUAAUAAUAACUAUCAGGCACCCAACCAGCUGAAGACCUCUACACUACCCUUGACCUCACUGGGAAGGAAGGUGACAGAUCCCAAGGGAAAUCCUGCAAGCUCUGGCAGUAAAGGAAAGAAUAAGGCGGAGAUGUACAGCAGCUGCAUCAAUCUUUCCUCUAAUCCGCUGAUUGAAGAACAUCUGCGUAACUAUGCACGGCAUAAUGACAUCAACAGAAAAAUGAAGAAAUCCUACAGCAUAAAGCACAUUGCUGAGCCAGAGUCAAAAGAACUCUUCUUGUAAAUCACUUGUUAUUAUCUCUCAUUGCUGCCCUCUGGACACGACUGGAAAUUUCUGGACUGUCCUCUGGAAUUAGAACCAUGAGACCAAUGCCUCAUCAGCAGAAGAACAGACUAUCAGGAUGCCUUACAUUUAUAGCAGUAGACUGUAUAAGACACAUUUUGGGGUGAUAUUUGUAUAUAUAACUUGUUUUUAAAGAGAUGCUGUUUAAAAGCAUGUUUGGGCAAAUGUAUGCUUUUUAGGACUGGAUUGAUUCAAUCUCCAGGACAUUCACCAAACCACUGACACCAUUCUGUAUCUCAUCAGUUGCAUGAGUAUUUGCUCAAGUUGAUUGAACUUCUCUUUCCCUCUAAUACGGACAGUUUGGUCCCAGCUCCUCAACGAGACCAGGUCAGUGCUUUUGUUUUCUGUCAAGAGUGUUUUUUUCUGUCAUUUCUACUUUUUGUAUAAAGGAAAAAUAAAACAAUGUUAACAG